AUGGAUCCUUCUCCGGAACUUUGGCAUACCUCCCCUGGCGCAGCUAGCUGUCGCUGUGAGGCUUUCGUCUCCAAUCAUAUCAGUGCCUUUUUUCGAUAUCCCUCAGAUACACAGGAAAGCAUACGAAGAAUGGCAAGCAUAGGCCAGAAACAGCAACCUGAACUGACGACCUCCGCCACUCAUUUCCCCUUGUCCUCUCCAAUCUCCGAGGAGAUUACCAGUCCGUUGAGCUCAGCCUCCGACGAUGAAAGUGAAAGGAACCUGGAGAGGAACAGGCCUUUUGAGUUUCUGUCACGGGCGACUAAUCGCAACAUAUUACGAAAAGGAUCAGGGAAAGCCAAAAGUAGGGCUGAUGACACGGCUGGUCCGAAUGUGCUAGGCCUCAGGAAGGCAAUGACAACGAUGACAGAUUUAGGUUCCUCCCGCCGGCAGCAACCAGAGAAACCCCCUUUCAGCAAACCAAAUUUAGACCUGAACAAGAUAACGAGGCAAUACACUGAACCGCCGAUCGGACUCAAUCUGGUCACGAACUUCUCUCCUUCAGCUCCCUCAAAGCGGGUCGGCGUCACCGCCGCCCCCUUCGUGGACCUAAACGACUUGAAGCUUCUGUCCAAAGAACGAGAGAGGGAACGAUCUGUGCAGAAGGUCAAGGAGAUAUUCAGGAAGAGAACAAGACAGGGGUUUCAUAAACUGCCAGAGUCCCCAGAGCCAAUCAAAACAGAAUCUCUUCCACCCCGGCCUGGUCUCGAAAAGGAAGGUGUCUUGUCUGAAAUUGAAGCCCUCAGCCCUUCCGACAGACCCAUCAUUAUUGGAAUGGCUUUGUCCACGGGCAAGUCGUUAGGACACGAAAGAGAAGACGGAUCAAGAGAACCUGGGGUUGCAGAUACAGGGAAUGCUAUCAUGCAGACCCCGGCAACACCGUCCAUUACCAUUACUCCGGCAAAGGAGGCCCCUUGGUCCGAAUUACAUUCGGUCGACUCUCUCCCGCUCCCACGAGCAGCGUCCAGCGUUUACUCCCAACCCACUCCACGUUUAGAGAGGCAUGAUUCUAAGUCCGAUAUCCCUCCUGUACCUUCUGUUCCAGAUUUUUUUUUUGGCAGCAGAGAUGAAAACACACAGGACUCGGGAAGCUAUGACAUACUAUCCGUGUCAACAGCAAUGGAAAGAAAACAGCGCGCGUUUUCUGGUGUUACUUUAUUCGAGGAAGAUUACCCCCCGAUAGACUCGAAGGCUGAGAAGAAUCCUCGCAAUCUAACCGUCAAUACAGACUUGAAUAGGCAUCAAUCACAAGGAUGGUGGACGUAUCUUCUUUCUCCAUUACUCGGCAAUUCAAACAAGACCCCUAGCCAAAAGUCAUCCCCGAUACAUGCCCCAUUGACUGCGAGUUCUGAGAAAUCGAGUAAGUGCUGGUGGGACCAAGAAACCUUCACUUUCGCUCCGAAUCCUUCAGAAGCCGAAACCGCAGCAACAAGCAUAAGUGGGAUACCCCGUUUCCAAGCAGAAAAGAGAGGAAACAACCCUUUUCUCGAUGCAGAGAGAUUGGUGGAUAGCGAGAAUGAGGAUAUAUUCAAUGAAAAGCAACCCCAACCAGAAUUUACCAUGAUGCCAUUUGCAUCUCCUGGACAGGAAAUACAGGGAGAAGCUGCCGAAUAUUACCAGGCAUGUGCUCAUGAGUUAUUCAGCGGAACUCCUUACUUUGAAUGUAUUAACCAUGUUUGCUCCAUAACGCCUAUCAGCAAACUACCUAUUGCUGAGUCUGAUGUUCUUGUUGAAUGUAGUGAGGAAAGAGGGCUAGCUGAAGCUGACAAGGUCGAUACACCUCGCUCAGCGGAUCAAGGUCCACAAAAUCCCUUCGAAGACAAGGCACUCCCGCUGUGCGCUUCUUGCAGACCUGGAAUUACAUCAAUCGCUAACAGUAGCUAUGAUGAAGCUCUCACCUCUUCUGUCAAGGGGGACCCGAUAAUCGGUUCUCCUCCGCGAAAAAAUAGCCUUCUUGCAUCAGGUGCUGAUAUAGGUGCUACGACAGGAACAAGAGCUGUCUCCGAACCAUUAGAUUCUACUCCUAUCAAUCCGCCAGAGGAAAAGGCGUACAAUCCCCUUCCUGAACGGCCUUCAGGCACUGCCAUGCCAGCUCCAAUAUCUAAUUACAACCCCCAGCAUCUGUCUGCUGAGAGCUUGCCCCAGUAUACAGCUGCACGGAUGCAGGAUCCAAUGCCUCCAGUCAUCUUUAUUCCUCCAUUGCAGCCACAAUGGCAACCUCCCAAUCCAACGUCUCCUGGCUUACAAGAAGCUACGGAAAAGACAGGCUCGAUUCCACUGUCCGAUAUGCGGUCUUCCUCAUCAAAAGCACUGGAUAUGGGGCCAGCCCCAGCACCAGAACGACCACCUUCACAAACAAAAGCAGUCAUAGCUAAUGAUAAGUGUUUUGUUAACACACCACCGCCAUGGCCUGCCCCUGUUCCAAUGGCAGUGGGAGACAUAUCAUACCCACCUCCGGCAGCACCGAUGCAAAGGGACAGGAGCCUUGCCAAUGUACCACCUCGCCUCGCUCCCGUUCCGGUGACAGUAUCCGAUAUAUCACCUCCAACUUCGAAGGCGAAAAAAUUAGAAAAGCGCCGGCGGAGGCUUGAAAGAGAAGACGCUGUUGGCAAGAAGAUUGGUGGCUUGUGGCGUGGUUUGGGCCCCUUCAGCAGUAAAGGGUGCUUCGGAAGGCCAGGUCGAGAAGGUCGAAUAAGACGGAGAUGGUAUUUUGUCAUUGCAUUAUUUUUUCUCCUGGUCAUCGCGCUGGCGAUAAUUCUCGCUAUCACUUUAACCAGGAAAGGCGACCAGACUCCUGUAAAAUCACAAUGGCUUAAUCUAACCGGCUACCCGCCAAUGCCUAUAGGGAUUACGACUAUCGCGGGGGCCGAGCCCCAGGUGGAAAACUCCGGAUGCAUCAGUCCUUCGAGUUUGUGGAGCUGCUCUCUGCCAAAGGAACAGCAGGCUGCCAAUGAGCCAUAUGCUGCGGACCAGCCCAAUUUGAGGGUGGAGAUUCGGUUCCAAAAUGGCACAUUUAACUACAGCACGCAACUGGCAUCGCCCAGGUCUUCAAUGGUGCAGAGAAAGGCCAGAGAUACGAGCGACCUGUUCAAUCCUUCGCCUUCACCACCAAGCCUGCAGGAUCAGGAAUUCAUAGGCAACACGACGGAUGGCAAUUCUGAACCAUAUGCUGGUGAGGAGACGCCAUUUUAUAUUACGAUCUUAUCGACAGUUCAAACUUCGUCGACUCCACAACGACUCGUUCGACGGUCCGACACGGGGGGGUUCCCUAAUCUCACAGCUCUGAUCCCUUCUCCAGAUGUUAAUCCUGAUGGUACUGCAGCACCAGCAAACCUCUACCCACUUUCGGUAUCACAGCCUGUGCGACUGUAUAACCGCGGGCAACCUAACGAACACUACGGAUUCUACACCUACUUUGAUCGCUCUAUAUUCCUCGAGUCUUCUUCUCCUAUCAACAACAGCAAUACGGAUAACCUCGAGGACGAUAGAAACGGCGGAUCAAGUAUUGAAGAUGCCCGAGUACGAUGCACAUGGGCUCAGACCCGCUUUUUGGUUCAAAUGUGGACCCAGCCAGGACGCUCCGGGAUGGCUCUCAUGAGUGGCAGCAACAACAGCAGCCCAACAGCGACUAAGGCAGUUGCUACCUCUACGGCAACUAGUACUGCUAGAUCCUCAUCAGCCAACAACUUCACCCGUCCUGGAUCCUUUCCUUACCCUGUAACCAUAACACUGGACCGGCAUGGAGGCAUGGCCAAAAAGAAACUAGUUUACUGCUACGGCGUGGAUUCAGAUCAGCACAUAAACUCAACGGAAAAGAAGAUACAGAUCGAAAACCGUGGUUUUGGUGGAUAUCUAAUUAACCAGGCGCCGGGAAUUUUCAAUCUUUCCACGACGGCAACGGCGGAUACGUUCUGGGGCGGCGUUGAUGGUGGUACUGGAGGAUGUAAAUGCCAGUGGACGAAUUGGGUAUCUACGUCGUAA